CAAGUUGUGAAUGCAGGACUUUACCUCCCUUCCGUCGGUUGUUCGGUUGUUCGGUUGGAGGACCGACCGAGCUCCGCGCUCUGCGGGACCCGGACACCGGAAGGCUCGCGCCGCUCUUGGCAGCGGAAGCCGGAGUUGUUGACCCUUCGACAGGCGACAAUGGCGACCGACGUGAGGCAGGAGCUUGCACAGCUGAUGAAUUCAACUGGAUCUCAUAAAGAUCUGGCUGCCAAAUAUCGACAAAUUUUGGAGAAGGCCAUUCAGUUUACAGAUGCAGACCAACUGGAAUCCUUGAAGGCCUUUGUCGAAGCAAUGGUUAAUGAAAAUGUCAGUCUUGUCAUCUCGAGACAACUGCUCACGGAUUUCUGCACACAUCUGCCCAACCUGCCCGACGCCACAGCUAAAGCAGUGUAUCACUUCACCUUGGAAAAGAUUCAGCCGAGGGUCAUCUCCUUUGAGGAACAGGUAGCCUCAAUCAGACAGCACUUAGCAACCAUUUAUGAAAAGGAGGGAGACUGGAGAAAUGCUGCGCAGGUUUUAGUUGGUAUUCCCUUGGAAACAGGACAGAAGCAAUACAAUGUUGACUAUAAGUUGGAUACAUACCUGAAAAUUGCCCGUCUCUACUUAGAGGAUGAUGAUCCAGUGCAGGCAGAGGCCUACAUCAACAGAGCGUCAUUGCUUCAGAACGAGUCCUCUAAUGAACAGCUGCAGAUACACUAUAAGGUGUGCUAUGCCAGAGUCCUCGACUUCAGGAGGAAGUUCAUCGAAGCUGCACAAAGAUACAACGAGCUGUCUUAUAAGUCCAUUGUCCAUGAGACCGAACGUCUGGAGGCACUGAAACAUGCCCUAAACUGCACUAUACUGGCCUCUGCAGGCCAACAGCGUUCCCGUAUGUUGGCCACUCUCUUUAAGGAUGAGCGCUGUCAGCAGCUGGCUGCCUAUGGUAUUCUGGAGAAGAUGUACCUGGACCGUAUUAUCAGAGGAAACCAGCUGCAGGAGUUUGCUGCCAUGCUGAUGCCUCACCAGAAAGCCACCACAGCGGAUGGUUCCAGCAUCCUUGACAGAGCUGUGAUUGAACACAACCUCCUGUCUGCUAGCAAACUCUACAACAACAUCACGUUUGAAGAACUAGGAGCACUGCUGGAAAUCCCCCCUGCAAAGGCUGAGAAAAUCGCUUCCCAGAUGAUCACUGAAGGUCGCAUGAAUGGCUUCAUCGACCAGAUAGACAGCAUUGUACACUUCGAGAGUGAGUUGACAGCCAGUGUGUUUUUACAUGUGAUAGAUAGAAAGUCCACACAACACAAAUGCAAACAUAAUAUUGCCCACAAUGGGAAAAUAAGUUGUAGAUUUUUUAGUUUUUUUGUUGUAGUUUUUGUAGGAACAUUAAUAAGAAUGCUACAACAAAAAGGUAGACAAGAUUAAAUUAGACUUAAUGUU